AUGGCACAGGAUGCGCGCAUUUUGCGCGCACUUCCUUCAGGUCCACACUCGGUCUUAGAUUCUCAACUAAGCGAGAAAUCAACCAAGACAGAAUGGAUGUCUGGAGCCAUCAACCAGAACGAGCAGACGAAUCAUGACCAGUUUCCCGAACUUCCUCACAAUGGCACGCUGGAAUUGUCGCCCAAUGUCUUACAGGCUCUAGAGGAAGCGUCAACGGAGGAUGGCCAGGAUCAUGUCGUAUUAGAAAAGAGAAUGCGGACUCUUCCGGCUUGGAUCGGAUCUGUCGAUUACAAGGAACCUGAGGGCGAAUCUUCUGCUGCCUCACGACUACUACCUUCGCAUCCCGAUGAUGCCGUUGUCGCCCAGCAUAACCACUCACCCCAUACGACUGCAAAAAUAGAUUUCGCCGGUCGAGGAACAAGCUUGGAAGAAGGGCGCGCGACAUCGCCUCGUGAAUCGCGUUGGAAGAAUUUCUCCAAAUCGAUUGCCUACCCAAGGGACCCAGGUGCUGAGGAAAAACUUGUGACCCCCGAAUGGAUGAACGAAAACCACGGUGACUACUCGCAACCAUGGCGCGGAAGACUUGAAGACUGGAGUGGGGAGGAUACAGAAGAUCCGCUGAGAAAGAAACGGCGGAGAGAGAUUUGGUUCAAACGCCUCCAUCAUACCCUAUUGAAGAGUCCUAUAGUACCCUUGGUUUUUCGCCUAACGGUGUGGGUCUUUUCACUCACUGCGCUUGCGCUUGGAGCCUCCAUUCAGCGCAUGUCGCGUGCGUAUGUGCAUCCGCAGGGCCCCUCUGCACUAAUGGCGAUUAUUGUUGACGCCGUAGCCCUGGUUUACCUGGUGUAUAUCACCUGGGAUGAAUAUACUUCCAAACCGCUGGGCCUUCGUUCCCCCUCGGCCAAAGCACGGCUUGUCCUUCUCGACAUUUUCUUCAUUGUCUUUGACUCUGCCAACCUAAGUUUGGCCUUUGAGUCACUGUCCACAGUUAGUGGCGCAUGUACCAUCGGUGAGGUUAACCAGCAGGUCGCUCCUAAGAACAAUGCAAUCUGCGACCGCCAAAUUGCGCUAGCCAGUGUGCUAUUAAUUGCUCUUUUGGCUUGGCUUACAACGUUCGCCAUUAGUGUUUUAAGACUCGUAGAUCGCGCUGCACAAUGAUAAUCCUUUUGGCUUUUUAUCAUCUUAUCUUGCGCUAUCUACAUAUAGCCUUAAAAAUAGUUUUUUGCUUCGCUCAUUCA